AUGUCCAAAUCCAUCCAACACAAAUUAAUGAUCGGUGAAUUGACUUCAAUAUUCGAGUCGAUAUUUGGAUCAACCUCAGGAGGGCAUCAUGGACAUGGAAAUAAACAAAAUAAUCGGAAGCAAGUUGAAUUGGAAUUUGAAACAUAUGGUGAUGAGGGAAGUAUUCAAGUAAGAUUUGAAAAGAUGAAGGGAGGAAAGACGGAGAAACGAUACAAGUUGAUUAUUAAUUAUCCAGUUGAACGAAUUGGAGAAUUUAAAUUGACCAUUAACAAGUAUUGUAUAGAGAAGAAGCAAUUAAUUAUUUUGAUUGAGGAUUUUAAUUUGGAUAAGAGUGUUUCAUUGUUUGUUGGAAAGGCAACAGAGAGUAAGAUCUACAUGAUUCGAUUAGGGGAUGAAUUGUUACACCUAUCGAUUGCAAAAGUAGUUGAGAAAUUGUUUGUUCCGAGAGCUAUUGAUAAGAGUGUUACCAGUGAGGGAUGUAUAGUGUAUAAUCCUAAUAUCUUCUUUGUGGAUGAACCUUCUUUGAGUAUGAAAACAACUUGUGAUACUGCCAUGGGAAUGUUUGAUCCAAAGGAAAAAUAUUCGAAUACUGACCCAGUUAUCCAUCAAGUUCAAAUUCGAUACAGAGAAUUUCAUCAAAUUUGGGUGAAGGGAUUUGUCUUCACCACAGGCUUUUCACCAGUUGUUCCAAUUUUGGACGGUCGUAACAAUGAUACUUAUGAAGAAGCUUCUUGUGGUUAUUGUUUUAAGAAUGGCCUGUACAAGACUAAACGAAAUGAAGGAUAUGAAAACUUUGAUUGCUAUGAGUUUGAGGAAUGUGUAGAGUUCAAUAAGGGACAUUUGAGAAAUUAUAAUUUCCAGAAAGGAAUUUUAUUAGAAUUUAUCUAUGUGAGAGGAAAGGUGAAAAAAGGAUCAAAGAGUAUCUGUACAUUAACAAAUUGGAAGAGAUUGUGCAUUAAGGGUAAAAAUCCAUAUUGGAUUUCAAAAUAUACACUUACCAAGUGA